GGCAUCACAAUUUUCAAAUGUCAAACUGACGUUUAUGCUUAUCACUGUUCUUGUUUCAAAAUAAUCAUGGAAAAGCAUUUAAAUCGUGUUAUGGAGGAAAUUACUAAUCAGCCAGGGGUAUAUGGGUGUGUAUUAUCAGAUCAUCAAGGGCUUUGUUUAGGAGCACAUGGACAAGCUUCCACCGAAAGUUCAGGUGUUAUAACUGCUCUAGCUGAACAAGCAUUGAAAUUGGAGCCUAAAAGUGUAAUGCCGAUUAUAAGUCUUGAAAAUGACAAUAGGCAGUUAAUUAUUAGAAGACACGGUGUUUUAACAUGUGGAAUAUACAAAAGUGUAUGUAAUUAAGGCUUUCAUUGUACAUCCACAGAUUAUAACAUAACAUAAUUUUGCCUAUAAAAUAAAACUUUUUUAGAUGCA